AUUACUGUGUUCUAUGGUGGAAACGUGUUUUGGUUGUUAGAAGUGCAGGUUUUAUGUGUGCCUGUAUUUAAUAGUUUUCAUUAAGUAUUGUGAAAUAAUUGUAAUUUAAAGUAUGUUUCCAGCGAGUUCACAAAAGAAAUUCUGGACAUUUGUUGAUGAGACAGAUUUAAUUCGUUUAAGACAUGAAGCAAACAGGAAAUUUAUUUUGAAGCAUGGAGCAAAUAUGACUGAAGAACUACGUGAACGUACAUUCCUCAGUGCAGCCGAUGAGAGGCUCUUAUUACGACAGUAUGAAUUGCAGUUGAGAGACUUCUGUCGGAGGUUUAAUCCACCAAUGCCACGUUCAGUGAGUGGAACAGCUUUUCAUUACUUCAAGAGGUUCUACCUCCACAACUCUGUGAUGGAUUAUCAUCCAAAAGAAAUUCUGGUCACAUGUGUGUAUUUGGCAUGUAAAGUGGAGGAAUUUAACAUUUCAAUACAGCAGUUUGUAGCAAACAUUAAGGGUGAUCGAGAGAAAGCAUCAGACAUAAUUCUGAAUGACGAGUUGCUUUUAAUGCAACAGCUGAACUUCCAUCUCACGGUACAUAACCCGUAUCGACCCGUUGCGGGUCUGCUUAUAGACAUUAAGACUAGAUGUUCAUUGAAAGAUCCAGACCGCCUACUUCCCGGGAUUGAAGAAUUGCUAGAUCGUUCAUUCCUCACAGAUGCAUGUCUCCUGUAUGCACCAUCACAGAUUGCCUUGGCUGCCAUAUUACAUGCAGCCAGCAAGAUACAAGAAAACCUGGAUUCCUAUGUCACAGAAACCUUAUUUGGAAGACCUUCCAGCGAUAUAUUGCCAAACAUUAUCGAAGCCAUCAGGAAAAUUCGUUCGCUGGUCAAAUCUAUAGAGAAUCCAUCAAGGGAAACGGUUCGUCAGCUGGAAAAGAAAUUAGAGAAAUGCAGAAAUCAGGAAAAUAAUCCAGACAGUCAGAUUUACAAACAGCGAAUGCAGGAUAUGUUGGACGAGGAAGACGAACAAAGCGGCGAGAUUUAUGCUCGGGUGGCCAGGGAACAAGCUAGUGAUGAAGAGAGAUUACUAGGCGUAUCUAGGGUCUUGUCACCUUCGGCAUCGUGAACAGAAAUUCUUAAACAGGUGAACAACAGCAGCAAGACCCAGAUAAAGGUAGCAAUGGCUGCAUAUGAAGAACCAUCAUCUCAAAAUGUACCACGGUGGCUGACUCCAUCACAGUACAGAGCACCAAUGAAAUUCAAACAGAGGCUCAGAAAUAUACAGAAAGGUACUCGUGGCUCCUUCGCACAAAAUACCAAUUAACACAGUUAGGAGGAUAAGUAGGAACGUUAUACUAAAAUGGUGCAAAACAAAUAAUAGACAAUGAGAUUUUACAUGCGACUCUAACGUGUGGUUUGCAGGGUCCCCCAUGUCCUUACAAAGAAGUUUGCUUGUACUGGGUGCGGCAGAGGAAACGCAUGUUUUUUGAAUGGCUAGUACUCGGCAAGGAGAAGGGUAGGGGAUUUCCGCCCCUUGCUAGUAGAUAGCUUAGAUGAUGCAGUUUCAGUAGCCAUGGCACCGUGGACCCCCGAGCAUCGGGUGUUUGUCGUUGAAAAUUAUAUCAAAAGUGGUGAAUCCGUAAUUGCCGUUCUAGUGCCUUUUCAGUAAACAGUUCAAUGUGGAGCGCCGUGGAAACAUCCCUGAUCAUAACACGAUACUCAGGUGGGUUGAUGCGUUUAGGACAACAGGGUCUGCGAUGAAGAGGAAACCUCCUGGCCUUCCCGCUUCUGUGCGUACCCCUGAAAACGUUGAGAGAGUGAGAUUAGCAGUUCUCAGAAGCCCGAGGCGCGCUAUGUCGAAAUGCUCAACAAUUUCCUGCUUCCAGAACUGCGCAGACGAAGGGUCAGUAUGCGGCAAAUGUGGUUCCAACAGGAUGGUGCCACGGCACACACGGCGAGAGCAUCGAUGCAGGUGGUUUGUGGCAUGUUUCCCCAAAAUGUCAUUUCCCGUUUCGGUGAUAUCCCUCAGCCGCCUCGCUCCCCUGACCUGUCCGUAUGUGACUAUUUUUUGUGGGGUUACCUCAAAUGAAAGGUCUACAGAAAAACCACGCAACAUCCAGGAACUGAAAGAUUCCAUUCGCCAGGAAAUUGUUACUGUGCGGGAAGAAAUGUUGGGAAGAGCAAUGCAGAAUUUUGAGGAGAGGCUGCAAGAGUGCGUACAGAAGGAAGGGCGUCACUUGAUGGACGUUAUUUUUCGGAAGUAAUUCAAAAAUGUUCAACAAAAACUGCAUUGUAAAACCUUUCUUAAAAUUUUUUUAACUUGAAAAUCAACUGAGUUAUUGUUAUUUGAAAAACACUCGUUUCCUCUGCCGCACCCGGUAUUACCAGUGAGAUGAAGGGCAUCCUAUAUAGUGAUCUCCGAACAUGUGACACCUUGUAGAUUGAGUCGUUUAUGUCGGAGUUACCCAUACUUGCAGGCGUUCUCCAUGUAGAUGAUUUUUUUUCACCAAAGACAAUUGCAUAUUUCAGCAUUUGCAUCUUCAUAUAAUUCAUAGAGACAAGAAGAUGCGUUUAUGGCCGAUGUUACUAAAUAUUUUAUGUGUUUUUACGAGUUUCUCCUAAUAUAGUAAAUGAAACCACUUGUGUACCCUGUUUUUGUAUGCGCCCACAGACGAAAUAAAGCCAGACAAGCACAA